CUGCUUAUUUCCAUGRACAGAAGAGCAGUUGAACAGGUAGAUGGAGAAGCAGCUGACUAUUGGCCUGUCUCUGUUGCUGGUGCUCCUCCUAGUCAUGCCUGAGGUGGGGGGGYGGAAGGAAGAGWCCCAGAAGCGCCCGUCCCGCUCCUCAGAGCUAAAAGCAGGCCGCUGCUCCUACACCUUUAUCGUUCCCCAGCAGAAACUGAAGGGGGCGCUGUGCGUGAGCACCGAGUCCACCACCGGCGCCUCCAACCACUCAGAGGUAACGGCUCUGCGGGGUGAGUUGAGCCGUCAGCAGGAACAGCUGGAGAAGCUAAGGGGCCAGCUGGAGCAGGAGGGGGCCCUGGUUACGGAGGUACGGGCGCUACGGAAAGAGAGCGGCAGCAUGAACUCCCGCAUCGCCCAGCUCUACGCCCAGCUGCUGCAYGAGGUUAUGUACAGGAAGGACCAGGUGGUCGAACAGAGGCGGGUCGAGAACCUACUGCUCAACGCCACCGCACAGAUGCUGCAGAUCUCCAYUAGUUACAGGGAGCUGGAGAAGAAGUAUGGAGCCCUCACCUCCAUGAUGAGCAACCAGAGUCAGCUCAUCUCUCCCGGUGGAGAUAGCUGUGCCAGACCACCAAAGAAACUUACCCCACCUCACAUCUGUCCCUCAGGACCCUGGAGGGACUGCCAGCAUGUGCUGGACACGGGCGAGACCACCAAUGGGAUCUACCUGCUGCGUCCACAGAGCGCCAACCGGCUUCUGCAGGCCUGGUGUGAACAAACCAAGGCCCAGGGAGGCUGGACCGUCAUCCAGAGGAGACAGGAYGGAUCAGUCAACUUCUUCAGGACCUGGGAGCAGUACAAGCAAGGCUUUGGGAACCUGGAUGGAGAGUACUGGCUGGGUCUGGAGCACCUCUACUGGCUGACCAAGCAGGCCCACUACAAGCUUCGGGUGGCCAUGGAGGACUGGCAGGGCCGCCAGGUGUUUGCAGAGUACGACAGCUUCCGCCUGGAGCCUGAGAGCGACUGGUACCGUCUGAGGCUGGGGGAAUACCAAGGCAACGCCGGAGACUCAAUGUCCUGGCACAAUAACAAAGCCUUUACAACUCUGGACAAGGAUAAGGAUGCUUAUUCAGGGAACUGUGCCCACUUCCAGAAGGGGGGCUGGUGGUACCACAUGUGUGCCCACUCCAACUUAAACGGCGUGUGGUAUCGAGGGGGUCACUACCGCAGCCGCUACCAGGACGGGGUUUACUGGGCAGAGUUCCACGGCGGCUCCUACUCCCUCAAGACGGUCACCAUGAUGAUCAAACCCACCUAACCSUCUUCCCGUUAGAUAUACACCACAGGAGGUUGGUGGCAUCUUAAUUGGGGAGGACGGGCUCGUGGUAAUGGUUGGAGUGGAAUAGUUUAAAAUGUGUUUGAURCCAUUCCAUUCACUCCGUUCCAGCCAUUAUUAUGAGCCGUCCUCCCCUCAGCAGCCUCCUGUGUUAUACACAUGUCAAUCAUGCAUCACGGCAAUAUUAUGGUUCCUUCAUGGAUAAGGAAGGAUGUUAAUGAAGUUCUUAUAUGUUAAACAGGUAUGUUAAUAAGACAGCGUUAGACUGACAUGCCAACACAACAUGUGGAAUUGUUUUCUAACUGCAAUGUAUUUAUUUUAUAAAAAAUUGCAAAACAAUGUUUGAAGAUUACACCACAAGGUGAAGUAGGAGUAYGUUUCUUUUACUAAUGAGAACUGAYAUUGUGGUUUGAUGCAGUGGUGUAAAGUACUUAAGUAAAAAUACUUUAAAGUA